AUGUUUCAGACAGUCGUUAAUAUCCUAUUGUUGCUUUCUACUUUCCAAUCGUGCAGUUGGGGGCUUAAAGUCCGACGACACAGACGACUCCCGUCGUUCCCCACCGCCACGACUCACUUCCGCAGCGGCCGAAUUGCAUGCGACGGACGCACAGAUUCGUACAUCCUUGACCAUAAGGUCGGUAAUAAAUUAGCAGGACCCUCCGCAGUCAUCGACGUGAGCUCCGAGACGGAAAUCAAGUGA